UCGGCCAACCAAUGCGCCCAACUUGCCCCGAUGCGGGGCCACGUGUGACGUAACGCACGAGCGAAUGAACUGUUCCUAUGCAGUGACAGGGAAUCUUCAGGAUCCGGUUGUUCCGCCUUGCUCACUGGCCAGUGCCGUCGGCGAAGACAAGAUAGUUCAGCGGUAGGGGUGAUCAGCACUAGAGGUCUCUGACCAGGCAUUGGACGGCGAAAACAGGAUUUUUCGAGCGCGGACGCAAUCCUCUAUGUGCCUUAUCGAUACGUCACCCUCCUCUCCGCCACCACCCGGCUCGUGUGGCGUUGUUGACGGUGCCCUUGAAAAGGACCCCGACAAGGGUCAGCCGUGGUCAGUCUCGUUCCGUUUUGAGACCUGUCCGGUUCCCUUACCGUCGUCAUGGGAUCCAAAGGAGUGGUGCUCGUUUUGGCGCUCGUACUAUUUAUGGUGUGCUUGGCGUACUGCCAACGACAUGGCGGCGGAGGCCGUUACCCGCCGCACGGAGGCGGGGGUCGCUACCCCCCGCAUGGUGGUGGUGGCUACCCAGGCGGAGGCGGUGGCUAUCCAGGCGGAGGCGGUGGCUAUCCAGGCGGCGGAGGCGGCUACCCUGGAGGUGGAGGUGGAGGAGGGUACUGCAACGGUCGCCGAUGUGGACCAGGGUACCACUGCCGUGGCGGCCGCAGAUGCGUUCCGUAUGGCGGAUAAAUUUUCCGCGGGCAAGCAUCAAGGAACUUACAGUGCGCAGCGACACCAUGCGGAAGCAAUAAAGUUCGUCCUGAAAAUUGG